UUGAAAAAAGAUAAAGAAGAAAUUUACUUUUUAUUUUUUAUUUUUUAAGACGUUCAUUUUUGUAGAUCUGGACCAACCUUUACUAAUACAGAAUAAGCAUCUUUCACUGUUACGUGCAUUAUUUUUCAUUUCUUAUUGGCCAUUGUCAACUUAAUAAAACACUCUGUACUGAUGUAAAGGACUUUCAUUUCACCUCCUAAUCAGAUUUAAAAAGAGUGUUCAAUCAUUGAAAACUUGAGCUCAACUUUUGACUUCCUGUCUUGUUUUCUUGUUUCAACUCCUAGGGUUUUCUUAUUUCUUGGGUUUCUUUGUUUGAAUUAGUUGAGCAAGUUAAAGUUGGUGUCUUUUUUACUCGACUGAGUGACCUGAUCUUGGGUUCUGCUAUUCUUCUUGUAUUAUUUUUUUUUUUUGAUGUCUACCAGUUCAGUUCUCGGAAAAAGUUUUUUCUUUUUGGGUACUCCUGAUUGCAUGUGAUUCAUCUUCAUUUACACUUCACUCUUGAUAUUUUUUUUUCUUUUGGGUUAUAAUUCAUCUACGUCCUGGUGUUCUGUCAGUUUUUAAAUUUCUUGAAAUAGCAAGUCUUUUUGGUUUUAUUAUCUAUUAAGUAACAAAACAUUCCGUAUGGUCUCAGUUGUUUCUCAUUCUUUCUUCAUUUGACAGAAUAUAGCAUAUACAGCUUUAUUCGAUUUUGUUUUCUGUUGGGUGUUUUCUAAGCAAAGUUCCAAGGAUUGUGAACUUUUUGUGCAAAAUAUUUCUGUUUAUGGAAAAGGGUUGUGCUUUUUUCAGUUUCCAUUAGUUUUAGAUAUGUUCAUUUCCACUGAAAAUGAAGUGCAGAUCUCAUUUUCUCUAGACAAUGUAAAUGAGUCCUUGAAAUCAUUCCCUAUGAGAUCAAACCUGGAUUGCGUUGAUAGGAUGGUAAUGGAAUCUGAAUUGUUGAAUUUACAGCCACCACCCACCAUUUACACUGAUGUAAAUAUAGUUCCUGAGCAAGAAAAGAAUUCGCUUAUGCAAUCCAUAUCAAAUCUAGAAGGAGAAAUUGCUCAGUUGAAACAGAAGGAGAGGUCAUUGACCAAGAAGCGUAAAGAAGCAUUGAAUAAGAUAUUAGAUAUUAAAGGCUGUAUUAGAGUAUUUUGCCGAAUUAGACCAUUUCUACUGACAGAGUGGAGAAGAAUUCAUGAACCCGUGUUAAUUGAGUCAGAAAAGGUUGUAAUCAAAUAUUUAGGAAGUAUGAAAGCAUUCAGAUUUGAUAAAGUUUUCAAUCAAGCAGCUACUCAAGAGGAUGUUUUUACUGAUGUUGAGCCAAUCCUUAGAUCUGCACUUGAUGGGUACAAUGUAUGUAUAUUCGCUUAUGGUCAAACUGGCACUGGCAAGACAUUUACAAUGGAUGGCACAAAUGACCAGCCGGGGAUCAUCCCUAGGGCUCUUGAAGAGCUUUAUCAUCAAGCUUCUUUGGACACCUCUUAUUCUGUAACAUUUUCCAUGAGCAUGUUGGAAGUUUACAUGGGAAAUCUGAGAGAUCUACUAGCUCCAAAAGUUGCAUAUAAAUCGUAUGAGGCAGCAGCAAGAUGCAAUCUUAACAUACAAACAGAUCCGAAGGGAUUGGUGGAAAUUGAGGGAUUAACAGAGGUCAAAAUUCCAGAUUUAGCAAAAGCAAAAUGGUGGUACAGCAAGGGUCGACGAGCUAGAUCAACUUCAUGGACUAAUGUGAAUGAGACAUCAAGCAGGUCGCACUGCUUAAUGAGGAUCAACAUUUCUCGACAUGGAGAUGAUUUGAAAGCUAAAGCCAAAGUAAGCAAACUGUGGAUGGUGGAUCUUGGAGGUAGUGAACGCUUGUUAAAAACAGGGGCUACAGGGCAGACACUUGAUGAAGGAAGGGCCAUAAAUCUCUCCCUUUCUGCUUUAGGAGAUGUUAUUGCUGCUCUCAGAAAGAAGAGAGGUCAUGUGCCUUACAGAAAUAGCAAGCUAACUCAAAUCCUGAAAGAUUCCUUAGGUGACAGUUCAAAGGUUAUAAUGCUUGUGCAUGUAAGCCCUUGUGUGGAAGACGUUGGAGAGACAAUUUGUUCUUUAAGCUUUGCAAAUAGAGCAAGAGCAAUUGAAACCAAUGGAGAACUGCCAGCGGACCUAAUCAAGCAAAGGCGGAAAAGAAUCUCAGAGCUUGAAGAAGACAUGAGAGAAGCUGAAGAAGGAUGCCAGAAGAUCAGGAAUCAAAUACAAACGGCAAAGUUCCUUUUAAUUGAAAACAAGAAACUUCUUGUAACCACAUACCAACUCCCUGACAAAGAAGAGUCACCUAGAAGUCUUGCAGAAGAUCAUUUGCAAGUCACUGAAACUCCUUCAAUUACUGAAACCAGAACUAAGAGAAGCUUGAUUACUUCUCUCCCAAGAUUCAUGACUUCUACCGUAGCUAGUCGUCAAAGGCAAAGUGUUGCCGAGAAGGAGAUUGUCAGAAAAGCAGGAAGUUUCAGGUCAGGUUCAAGAAGUUCAGUCCAGUUCUUGGCUUCUCAGUCCCUCAGUUAUUCAGAUUUGCGUCUCAAAACACUUCUACGGGAUUCAAAAAAAAAAUCACGGUAUGCUGAGGCAAAAACUAUUGCCACCCAAAGUCUCAAAUGCAAUGACACAGAUUUGAGGACAGCGACAUUGCCUCGGAGCAAGAUGGUUACUUCAUCAGAUCCAAACUUGAGAAUUACACUUUGUCGCCAUAGAAGACGAAUGUCUGAUCUAAUCUAAGUGGAAACAGAACUUCCAUUUUGGUGACUCUUUUAGUUGUCUAAUGCUGGUAGAUCUGUGUGAAAUUAUUAUACUUUUGAUCUGGAAGAGGCUUUCUGGAGUGACUUCUUUUAGAUUCUAUGUCAUAUAUUGUCAUACUGUUGGUUUGCUUAGGUUUGGUGGGAUCUGUUAAUUUUUUUUUUUUGUUCUGUAUUAGAUCCCUGUCAUCACAUGGGUUCUGCAGUUUAGGUUGAAGGGAAUUGUUAAUUACUCAUUAACGUGAUCAUUGUAGUACUGAUUUUAUUUAUAAAUUUGUUCAGAACCCAUUGACAAAGUA